AUGGCGUCGUACCUAGUGACUGGCUCUUCUCGAGGGCUCGGGCUGGCGCUGAUCACCCGCCUAGCGACAUUGCCCAAAACCGAGGUGGGGACAAUCAUCGCCACCGCGCGCCAGGACAAUUCUGCUCGAUUGAAGGAAAUUGCAAGUGCUUCAUCAGGGCGAGUGCAGAUCGUCAAGCUAGAUGUCACUGAUGAAACUAGUGUGAAAGAUAGUGUGGCGGCAGUAGAGCGCCAGCUGCAAGGCAAAGGGCUUGACUAUUUAGUCAACAACGCGGGAGUGAGUGACUGGUCCACAACGGGACUGGAAGGAAUGGACAAUCUAAACGAGACGUUCAAUGUCAAUGUUACUGCGCCACAUCUUGUAUCGCGCGCUUUCCUGCCACUUCUGCGCAAAGGCGAGAAGAAAACAGUGAUCAACAUAUCAACCACUUUAGGCUCCAUAGCUAUGGCUGAUGCGUUUCGACCCCUGUUGUCACCGGCGUAUAAGAUCUCCAAGGCCGCAUUAAACAUGCUCACCGUGCAAUAUGCCCAGCAAUAUGCAGAUGACGGCUUCACCUUUCUUGCGAUCAGUCCUGGUUGGCUUCGCACUGACCUUGGUAGCUCGCGAGCAGAUCUUCCGGUUGAACUAGGUGCCGAGAAGGUUUUGGAUAUCAUACAAAAGGCAACGCCAGAGCAAAACGGAAAAUUUGUGAACAUACAUGUUCCUGGAUGGGAGACGCGAGAGGGUCGGAAUCAGUAUGAUGGCAAAGAGAUCCCCUGGUGA